AUGCGCAGUUCUCCAGGAAUCUCUUUCCCUGCUCAGUUAGGUUGCGGAUGUGCAGUUUUGAAAAAGGACCGGACUUGCUUAGGAGAAUUUCGCGUUUUGCGAGGGUGUAGGUGGGAGGAACCUAGAGAAAACGGGGGUGUGGGUGAGAGAAAGUUUUUCCCGAAAUUGGAUUAUGGUACUACUGAAGUUGGAGAUUCAGAGACCAACAUCACAGAAGAAAUAACAACUGAUGACACUAGAACUGGUUCAGCGGCUGACACAUUUGACACUACAACUUAUGACACCGAAACUGGUUCAACAGUUGAUACGUUUGGAACGACAACCGGUUCUGAGUAUGCAACAACAGAUGACAGUUCAAAAUCUGAAUACUCAAAGGAAGACAGUGAAGUGUCUCAAGAUAGGGAAUCUUUUGAUUCAGAAUGGAAUGAACUAAACUUUCUUCUUCCCCAAGAUAUCUGCAAUCUUGAUUCUCGCCGAAUAAGAGCUGAAGAUCCACAUUGGGCUCUAUCACCUGUUCCAGAACUUGCCACCCUCAUCAUCAGGGCAACCAAAUUUAUUCAAGGUCCUGGUCUUCCACUUUUGAAGGAGAACGCUGAAACUGAACAAUGGAAACAAAUUUUGGAAGUUUUGCCUCUAACCCUACCUUUCCCAUACACACUGUCAGUUAUUGAAGAUGGAGUCUACUGGAUGAGGCAAUGCCUCGAACGUUGGCCUGCCAGCGAAGUUUGGAAGUUUGGCGAUAGUUGGAAAAUGAUGCUAGUUGAGAGAAUAGUUCAGGAUGAAAUCGAGAACUUCAAGCCUGAAGAAUCUGAAAUCAAAGAAUUAGAAAAGCUGCAGAUUCAGAAGUUAGUUAGAAUUGAAAAGAAACCUUUUGUUGUCGACUUAGAAUUGGAAGAUUUCGACGAUUUUCUGGAUGAAUUCAUUAACGAGCCAGAAGUGCACACGUCAUUUCUUAACCUGGAAACUGUUCUUAGUUGUCUAAUCAAUCUUAAAGAAUUUAGUUUCAUUUUGGCGCCGAGUUCCUUGGAUCCUGAAACGCAUCAACUUUCAGUUACAGAUUUCAACUCCCUUUUUAGAGGUGUGAAAAAGCUUGGGAAACUAGAAAAGUUCAGGUGCUCCAAUGGAGUAACUACGAAUUUGCAGUUGAAUAUUUUGGCAAGACAUUUCGUUCAACAUAGACGCCUGACAGAAUUGAACAUGUCCUUCAACUUCAUUGAUGAUGACUAUUGUGAUGUUUUUGGCCAACUUUUGAUAUCUCCAUGUCCUCUAAAAGUUCUCGUCUUGAAGUACAACAGAAUAUCUGAUCGCGGUGCAAUUACAAUUGCCACUGCAUUAACCGUAAAUAAGAAAUUACGAAAACUUGACAUAUCUUUAAACUGGAUUGGGAAUAAGGGUGGAUCUUUUCUUGCUAAAGUCAUUUCGUCAAAUCUGCAUCUAGAAGAUUUAGACAUAUCAAACAAUAAGUUAGGUCAUCAAGCUGGUUUAUCGUUUGCCGAAGUAUUAAAAAUUUCAAAACAGCUUCGAAGUUUGAAUUUGUCUGAUAAUAAUAUUGGCGAAGAUGCUGGCAGCGAACUGUUAAAGGCCAUGGAGGAAAACUCUACAAUCUUGGAUUUGGGAAUCAAAUUUUGUAAUAUUUCUCUACCGGAUGAAGAUGCCAUUUACAGAGCCAUAAUUCGGAAUCGCGCCUCUACGUACGCAGCAGAUGAGGACGACUCUUUAAAACGCUUGAAGUUUUAAAUUAUUCUUACU